AUGGUGGCGCAUCGUGGCCAUGACGCAGAAAUGUCCAUGGACUCAGAUACGGAUAUGAGCGGCAUGGACAUGGGUGGCUCUUCGUCAAGCAUGCCAUUGAACACAACCGGAAUCGACUUCUCGAACCGAACUGAGGCGCUGGAGUUUCUAGACGACCUCCUGGACGACACCGAGCUGAAGAAGGUUGGGAACGAUUAUGCAAAAUACUUCUGGUACGGUGCGAUAGUCCUGAUCGCCCUCGCAACAAUCUUCAACUUUCUACGCUGGGUGACCUUACAGCAUCGUCUCAGAGAAGCUGCACGUAGAAGAGAACAUCCCGCGAAGCCGAAGAGCACUCUGGCUCGAUGCCUAGCGACUAUUACGGCGACAGGUCGAGAAGCUAUAUAUCUGCAAUUCUCGCCCACGACGCCGCUAUUUAAGGUGCCACCUCUCGGUUCAGUCACUCUUUUACUCGUAUACUUAGCGUUCGUAUUGGCGCUUGAGUUCGGCAAUAACACCGUAGCUGGUGCUCAGUACUGGCAAGCGCUGGGGGUACGAGCAGGAUGGCUAGCUGUGGCUCAGAUGCCUUUACUGGUGCUACUUACCGGCAAGAACAACAUUCUUGGAGUCCUGACAGGCGUAUCCUACGAGAGACUAAACAUCAUUCACCGGUGGUCGGCUCGCAUGAUGCUUUUACUAGCCGUUUUCCACUUUGCUUUCCAGAGCAAUGGGUGGCAAAAAUAUGGAGUCAUGAGGCUGGAGUGGCAGACAGACGACUGUCCUACCACAGGCAUCGCCGCGUUCGCCAUACUGCUCUGGACCAAUCUUUCGACCCUCGCACCCGUGAGAUGUUUCAAUUACGAGUUCUUCGUCAUACAGCACGUCCUCUCCUUCAUCGGCUUCGUCGUAGCUAUCUUGCUGCACUUAUCGAGCACUGCACCCAUCAGCAGGGUGUACAUCUUCAUUCCUAUCGGCAUCUACCUCCUUGACAGAACACUCAGAACCAUCAUGCUGGCAUACAAUAACUUUCGCGGCAACAGAGCCAGCCUCACGCAGCUACAAGGCGGCGUCACCAAAGUCAGGAUUUCCAAUACGACCAUCAAGUCGUGGCGGGCUGGCUCCCACGUUCUGCUUUCAAUACCGAAGUUCGGAUUGCUACAGAGCCAUCCUGCGACUAUCGUAUCAAUUCCACGAUCUCACAACGGAGACCUAGUGUUCAUCCUCAAGAGCCACAAAGGUUUCACCAAGCGCAUCAUGGAAGGCGCUAGCAGUUCCACCGAAGCUCUCGUCUCCUCAGACAAAACUGACGGCGAUGCAGCGGAAGAACAUGCUCAGAUCAUUGCACACACUGCCUUCAUCGAAGGGCCAUACGGCGCUUCCCACUCUGACUUUGCAGCCUUCGACUCUGUCUGCCUGGUGGCAGGCUCAACAGGUGUGACUUUCACCAUCGCCGUCCUCCAAGACAUAGCGGAUCGAGCGACACGAUCUGGUAAGCGUCUACCUGUACGCCGCAUCCACUUCGUCUGGUGUAUCAAAGAUACCGACUGGGCUUCAUGGAUUAGCUCAGAGAUCAUAUCGGCAUACAACAAGCUCCACAGCGUCGGUAUAGAAGUGGAGGUCAGCAUAUAUGUCACCUGUGCCGACAAUUUCACAAAUCCCAGCACCAAUGACAACAAAGAGUGCGGCUGCGAGUGUGACAAAAGUAAGGGCCCUUGCUGUUGCGUGCAGGUAGACGAAGAUGAGAAGGGGGAGGAUGUCGAGGAUGUCGAUAUCAUUGCGCCAGUGUCGAAAGGCAAGCAGGCUGUGAGAGUGCGAGAUCUCUCAGGUUCAUCAGUGGAAGCAGGAAAUAGCAUGCCUGGGCGGAGGAUGCCAGUACUACCAUGCGGAGUAUUCUACUCGGGUCGACCUCAGAUCAAGCAGGUGCUCGCUGCGCUGCUCGAUGGUGCUGAUGGCGAGUCUGGAGUCGCUGCAUGUGGGCCCUUGGGGUUGACAUCAGAAGUGAGAAAUACGAUUGUCCAUUUGAGCGACGAGAGGGCGAUACAUAAAGGUACAGGCGCGCAGGGAUGCUAUCUGCAUGUCGAGGGUGCUUCGUAG